UGCUGCUGGCUGGGUGAGGACAGGCCCAGAGGACAGCAUCACUGGCACCCACCCCUGCACUUGGGCCCUUUGCACCUCAGCUCCCAGCAUCUGGGCCUCCUCCCUGCCUGCCUCCCCGCCUCGCUCAAUCUGUCUCCACUCAAGAGGCUGAUGGGCAGGUCUCCCUGCUUCUUCACAUCUUUCAAAGGGAAACUUCACAAAGACAGGAGCCCUGACCCAUCCGCCUUGGCCUCACCCCACCCCAGCACGGAAGCCAGGCGGCCAGUGGAGGCUGGUAGUGCUGAAUGGACAUGGGGCUGGAUGAAAAGACUUCCGCCUGCCUCUCUCAGCCCCGGGAUCGCCAUGAGCUGCUAUUCCGGAGAUUCUAUGCUGCAGAAGUACAGGGUGAAGAAUGCAUACCGAUUACAUUGGCAAGGGAGAGAAGAGCCUGGUGCUGACACUUUUGCUUCUUUGGUCUUUCAAUAAUGUCUUUCCCCUUGAUUGUACAUGAUAUAUUCCUAUUUUAGAAACUUCGAAAACUAUAAAAAAGUCAAAAGGAUAAUAUUACCACUCAGAAAUAAAGAUCAUCAAGUUUUGGUGUA